AUGAAAACUGGAAAGCCUGUAACACCAGCGGAGGGAGGAACCCUGCGCAAGGAGGGCUCUGCAUCGUCGCGAAGCAAACAGAGCGACGCAAUGACUCCCGGAAUGUUCAUCCAUCAGAAGGUCGGAGCGUUUUCUGAUCGUUAUGGAGGAAUCAAGGUGUUAGGGAAGGGCAGCUAUGGGGAAGUCGUACUGUGUCGCGAUAAGGUCACUGGCCAGGAAUGUGCGGUGAAGGUGAUUUCAAAAGCAUCUAUGAAAAAGGGAAGCUCAACAUCAUCUUUGCUUCGUGAGAUUGAAUUAUUGAAGGAGUUGGAUCAUCCGAAUAUCAUGAAACUCAACGAAUUUUUUGAGGAUUCCGGCUAUUACUAUUUGGUCGGUGAAGUGCUUAUACCGGUGGGGGGGGGGGGGGGGGGGGGGGGGGGAGAAUUGUUCGAUAAAAUCGCGAAGCAGAAACGUUUGGAUAUUUACGAUGCGGCGCGUACAAUCAAGCAGGUUUUAUCAGGAAUUAAUUAUAUGCAUCAUAACUCCAUUGUUCAUCGGGAUCUUAAACCUGAAAAUUUGUUAUUGGAAAAUUCGAAUACAGAUGCUCUUAUCAAAAUAAUCGAUUUUGGAUUGUCGACCCAUUUUGCUUCAGCAACUAAAAUGAAAGAUAAAAUUGGAACAGCUUACUAUAUUGCACCUGAAGUUCUUGCUGGGUCUUAUACGGAAAAAUGCGAUAUCUGGUCGUCUGGUGUCAUUCUUUAUAUUCUAAUUACUGGACGUCCACCAUUCGGCGGAGCAACCGAGUCCGACAUUUUGGCCCGCGUGACAGCAGGAAAGUAUUCUCUAGGCCACUUUUCGAUUCCUGCCAAAAGUCAACGCGAAGCACAGUGUGUGGAAAAUUUAAUCCGCCACAUGCUCAUGUUCGUUCCCUCCAUGAGAUAUACGGCGCAACAAUGUUUGGACCACGAAUUCAUCGCGAAGAUGUCACAGCCAACAGAAUUGGGAAAACAACUUCCUUUACUUGAAUCAGCUAUCAAUAAUAUGAUCCAUUUCCAAUCGUCUCAAAAAUUAGCGAAGGCAGCAUUAUUAUACAUGGGAUCAAAAUUAACAACAAAAGAGGAAACUAAGGAUCUCACUGCAAUAUUCGAGCGAUUGGAUAGGAACGGAGACGGCCAACUAGACCGCAAUGAACUCAAAUCCGGCUAUAAGGAGCUCUUGAGAUUGAAAGGCGCAGAUAUUACGACUUUGGAUGAAGAGUCGAUUGAACGCCAGGUUGACAGACUUUUACAAUCGAUUGAUUUCGAUCAAAAUGGAUACUUGAACUACUCAGAGUUUGUAACUGUCUGUAUGGACCAAAAGACGCUGUUGACGAAAAAAUCUCUGAAGCGCGCAUUCGAGAUGUUCGAUACAGAUCAAUCAGGGAAGAUUUCUUCGAAGAGCUCCAUUCUGUAUGUUUCCUAG